UUGAUCUCUCACCCCCACGAAUUGCUAACAAUGGCUGGCGACCGAGAUGCUCUCAUUGGAAUGGGUUUCGAUGCUGCUCGUGUUGACUGGGCACUCAAGGCGACUGGAAAUCGCGGUCUACAGCCAGCUAUGGACCACAUCCUGGAACAUGACGGCCAGCCUAUACCGGAAAUGAACACCGUGACCGAAUCGACCUCGCGUCCAAGCAAUAGAAUGGAUGUAGACGACGACGACGACGAUGAGGACGCUGAUGCGUUGAAAGCUCUCGGAGCUAAAGCUGGUGAUGUUGAAGCAAAGAGCAUCAAGUGCUCGGAAUGUGGAAAGAUAUUCAGAAAUACUGCCUUGGCUCAGUUCCACGCAGAAAAGAGUGGCCAUCAGUCGUUCGAGGAAUCAACAGAAGAGAUCAAGCCUUUGACUGAAGAGGAAAAGAAGCAGAAACUGGCAGAAUUACGCGCGAAAAUGGUCGAAAAACGCGCGAACAAGGCUGUGGAGGAGGCCAAGGAAGCCAAAGCUAGCGAAAUGAUCAGAAGAAAAGCAGGAAAAGACAUGGGUGCACUCAAAGAUGAAAUGGAGAAGCGGCAGGCAAUUCAAGAUGCGGAAAAGAAGAAGAGAGAAAAGAUAGAGGAUGCAAAAGCGAGGGCAGCGGUCAAAGCCCAGAUCGAGGCCGACAAAAGGGCGCGUGCAGAGAAGGCAGCCCGCGAGAAGGCACUGCGCCACGGAGAGGCGAUUGUCGAUAGUCCGACUACUAACCCAGUAGCCUCGACCUCUUCUGCUACGGUUGCUGGCAAGGAUUUCAAAGAAACGAGACUGCAAAUACGGAUGUCGACUGGAGGUCAACCUUACACAACUACUCUUCCAAGCGAUGCACCUCUACGAGAAGUAGCCGAAUUUCUAGCGGGGCAGAUCUUGUCCGUCGAUGUCGAGACAAUUUCAUUUGCCCAACAUUUCCCGAGAAAGGCCUUCUCCAAGGCUGAUUUCUCCAAGAGUCUACGUGACUUGGGUCUUACCCCGUCUGCGGUGCUCAUCGCAACACCUCCUGGUCCUUGA